AUGGCAGCUCCAUUACUAAAAGGUUGGCGAUAUGCUCUACUUUUAGGAGGCCUUGUUGGAGGAAUUGGACUUGCGAUUUAUCCCAUAAUAAUUGAUCCCAUGAGCAAUCCAGAAAAAUAUAAGAAAAUUCAAGCACAAACGAGAGCACACAUCAGGCAAGAAGAUAUUCAGCCAGGAAAUAUGAAAGUUUGGACAGAUCCAUUUGGAAGAAAGUAG